AUGUUGCAGCGCGAUAAUCCAAAACGACCACGUGAAGCGUCUUCGAAAAUGCCAGUAUCAAAAUUUAGGAAUGCGUUCGGGCAACAAAAAUUACAGGAAAAGAAGUUUGAUCCAAGAUUUGACGAACGUUGCGGAGAAUUCAAUGAAUACAUAUACCACAAUAAUUAUAGCUUUUUAAGUGAAAUACGGCAAAACGAAAAGAAAUUGUUAGUGGAUGAACUAAAAAAAGUAAAACAGAAGAAUACUCGACAAAAGGAUCGAUUGAAAGAGGCAAUUCGAAAAAUCGAUAAUCAAGAAAAGACGCAAGCGGAUGUGGAUCGUCGUAAAGCAGUGAUUCGUGAAAUUCGUCAUGAAAACAAUGAACGCAUGCGUCAAGGACUUCCACCAAUUUUCAGGACAAGAGGUUUGCGUAGAAAAAAUCUCCUUGCUUUAGGAUUUUUUGUCCAUUCCCUUGCUUUUUUAUGA